CCUGGAAGCAAAUGGGGCUGUGUUGGUGUGCAGGGAGCUGCUGGGUGGCCUUGCUUAGGCUGAGCAAGCCCUGAGGAGUGCUUGGGCUGCAAGCCAAGGAGGAUGGGGCAGAGCUCAGGGCUGGCUUUGUGAAGGAGCAACAGCAGGAGUCAAGGGACACAGCAGGGCAGGAGCGGUUUCACACCAUCACCACCUCCUACUACAGAGGUGCCAUGGGAAUCAUGCUAGUAUAUGACAUCACCAAUGCCAAGAGCUUUGAAAACAUCAGCAAGUGGCUCAGAAACAUAGAUGAGCAUGCCAAUGAAGAUGUGGAGAGGAUGCUGUUAGGAAACAAGUGUGACAUGGAAGAUAAAAGAGUUGUUCCUAAAGCAAAAGGUGAACAGAUUGCUAGGGAGCACGGUAUUAGGUUUUUCGAAACUAGUGCGAAAGCAAAUAUAAACAUUGAGAAGGCAUUCCUCACAUUAGCAGAAGACAUUCUUCGAAAGGUAGGUGAUGGUGGGAUCUGGUUGGGGGAAAAUUGAAAUCCUAAAAUGUCAACUCAUAUUGCUUUGGAUGUUCACCUUGUGACUUCGGUAUGCUAAGGCAAUCAAGCCCCAAAGGAGGAGUGUGUGCUCUGAAAGCUUCAGAGCUUCUGAAGCCUGUUUGAUGCUUCGUUGCUGUGCAGGUGCUAUCUAAAGGAGGUGGCAUACACCAAAGAGCCAAGGAAUCUAAAUUCAGCCCUUAAACUCAUUUGAUUCACACGUAGUGCUUGAAGGUAAAAACACCAGAAUGAAUUUGGAGGAGAAUUGGCCCUUCCCUGCCACCUUCAUUUGUUCCUGCUUUGUGAACGUGGGUGUUCACUGCUUCCUGUCUCGAAUGACCGAAGCUUUUUUUAAUCCUGAGGAGACCCAAAGUCACUGGAACCUGAAGGGAUGAAACCUGGGCCUGCUUUCCUGUCUCCCUGUGUCAGGGAGUCCUCAGAUUUCUGUUCUGACCAGGCUGUAAAACUACAGCCAAAGGAAUUUAACAGUUGGCAGUGACAGAGAAUCCAUUGGACCCCCAGUAAUUCUGGUGGCUGUGCUUCAAAACUUACUGCUUUAAGCACUCGAUUUCUGCUGUGUUGCAACGCAUUUCACUGUAGAGAUCAGAUUCUCACAUAAGGGAAUCCUCUGCCUUUUACCAUAUUUUUCCCUGCCACCUUUUCUUCAGUUAUGCCACUUUUAUUUUUUUUCCAGUUGAAUCAUUUUUAUCAAUACUCAACAUUGUCUAAAAGCUCUUAAGUAUCUGCCAGGAAGGGUUUCAAUUGGUGGAAGUGGAUCUGUCCCUUAAUACAGUCACAGAAUGGCCAGGGUUGGAAGGGACAUCAAGGAUCAUGAAGC